UACAUAGGUCUUAAUUUAAGAAAAGAUUGUGGAUGAAGGAACCUUGUAAUUUACAAUCUUUAGUCGUCUCGAAUAGUCGAAUGUUUCUAUGUAUCGAACUGAAGUAAACAGAAAUUAACAGAUGCGAGUGGUGUUCUUCACAAUCAAGUAGAAAGCAUACACCCAAAUUUGUGAAAUUCUUAUCAACCCACGAGGUAAGCUUUUCACAUUCAAGUAAACCAUAAAAUGGCUUCUGUUGUUCGACCUCCAUCUACAAUGGCGUCAAUGGUUCUUUCAAAAGUCCAAUCUACAGACCACAAGUUUUGGAAACCUGCAAACUACAGGUUCACCUUUCCUCGGUUAGCCACAAAACAUCGCACCAUUUGUUGCACAAACGUGACCCCAUGGAACCCACCUCCAGUGACAUACGCAUUAAAAGAUGAUACCACCAAAGGCGAGUUUUUGCCAAGUUCCACCACUUUAUUUGAAACCCUUGAUUCCGAUCAAGCUCAAUCAGCCGAAUCUGUAACAACAGAUACGAAACCGGUCACAAAAGUCGGGUAUAUUAGAUGGCCUAUGUGGCUAAUAGGCCCGUUGGUUCUAUUAGCCACGGGAAUGGUUCCGACUCUUUGGUUACCGAUUUCUUCUGUCUUUUUAGGACCGAAUAUAGCUAGCUUGCUGUCAUUGACCGGGCUUGACUGCAUUUUCAACCUGGGUGCGUCGUUGUUUCUGCUCAUGGCAGAUGCGUGCUCACGUCCAAACACGGUGGGUCAAGACCCGUGUCUUAGCCAACCCCCUAUGGCCUACAGGUUCUGGAACAUGGUUGCAACGGUAUCCGGUUUCAUCAUUCCUUUGAUCAUGUUGUUUGGUUCGGAAAAGGGUCUUUUUCAACCUCAACUCCCUCCGAUCUCUUUUGCGAUCCUUUUGGGUCCCUAUCUUUUGCUGCUUGCGGUUCAGAUGCUGACGGAGAUGCUGACGUGGCACUGGGAGUCGCCUGUUUGGCUUGUGACCCCGGUUGUGUAUGAAACAUACCGUGUGUUACAGUUAAUGAGGGGUUUGAAGCUUGGGGCUGAGCUUGGUGCACCGGCUUGGACGGUUCAUGUGAUUAGGGGUCUGGUGUGUUGGUGGGUUCUGGUUCUCGGUGUGCAGGUCAUGAGGGUUGCUUGGUAUGUCGGUUUUACAGCUCAACUUCAACCGAACGGUUCAUCGAAUGCUGCUGAAGUUGAAGUUUCUUCUGGUUGAUGGUGAGAUGCUUAUAUUAGUGCAUGAUUCAUAUUACCAAUGUGGUAUUGUUUAUAAAGUAAAACAAUAUAAGAUAUUAAUGUACAAACUUUUCUUAGCAUUUUGUAAUUACUUGAAAAACAGAUGGCAAUCACUGUAUAUACAUUGACAUAGUAGAUGGUUUUUCACAUGUUAUUA